AUGGGAGCUUAAUGUUGUUGUUCAUUUCCUUAAAAAUUGAUAACUAAUGAAAUAGUUAUAGAUGUGAAAGGGAGUCUUAAUACAUUAUCAAAAAAAAGUAUAAACAACGAUUAAUUGAUUGGGUUGGACAAUGUUAAUGAGAUAAAGGAAUAAUAUUAAGAUUUUGAAGUUAUAGCAGAUUCACCAUAAGAUCUUACUCCAAAAGAUGAUUAAAAUGGAUAAUAAUGUAAAAUGUUUGCAUAAUCAGAAAGCAAAGUUGAUAGUAAUUUAUAUGUAUAUUAAUAAUAUAGCAUUGCCAAAGAACGGGAUUAAAAAAAAGUUAACCGUAUCCUCUAUUGGUACAGUAAAGUUAGGAGCUGAUGUUUUUGUGAAUCUUAAGUAAGGAAGUAUCCAUAAAUAUUACACAACUGGAGAGGUUUUAGGUUAAGGAGCUUACGGGAAGGUUUGGAAGGUUACUCAUAAAAAUACUGGUAAUUAUAUUUAUGAAUUUGAGGUAUGAUUAGAGCUAUGAAAUAAUUAAAGAAAAGUUCAUUGAUAGUUGAAGAAGAAUAAAGACUAUUUGCAGAAAUGAAUAUACUAAAAAAUUUAGAUCAUCCUCACAUUGUUAAAUUAUAUGAAUUAUACUAAGAUUAAUAGAACUACUAUUUGAUAACAGAAUAUUUAUCAGGAGGUGAAUUAUUUGAUAGAAUUAAAUCUAUGACCUAUUUUAGUGAAAAAAAAGCAGCUGAAUUUAUUAGAUAAAUCUUACUUGCUGUUGUUUAUUGUCAUGAAUAAAAAAUUGUUCAUAGAGAUUUAAAACCUGAAAAUAUAUUAUUUAUUAAUGAAUCAUCUAAUUCACCAUUAAAAGUUAUAGAUUUUGGAACCUCAAGAAAAUAUGAUACUGUUAAAAAAAUGACCAAAAAACUAGGAACUGUAAGAAUUAUAUUUAUUUAUAGGCGUAUUAUAUAGCUCCUGAAGUAUUAAAAUAAGAUUACAAUGAAAAAUGCGAUGUAUGGUCAUGUGGUGUUAUUCUAUACAUUUUGUUAUGUGGAUAUCCUCCUUUUACAGGAAAAACGGAAAAAGAUAUAAUGCAUAAAGUGAGCGAGGGUAAAUUUAAAUUUGAUUGUAAUUUAUCAUUCAAACUUAGUUUAGAGGAAGAUUGGGGUUUUAUCUCAGAAGAAGCUAAAAAUUUGAUAAUCAAAAUGCUUUAAGUUAAUCCAAAUUAAAGAAUCUCAGCUAAAUAAGCUUUACAUGAUCCCUGGAUUGAUAAACAUAAUUUAAAUGAAAAAGUCAAUUAAAUUGUGUUAUAAAAUUUACAAAAAUUCCAAGUACUAUUAUAUUAUAUCUCUAUAUAGGCUAAAUCUAUUUUUACUUAAGCUGUUCUUUCUUAUAUAGCAUGUUAAAUGACUUCUUAAUAGGAAUAAGAUGAAUUAGUGAAAACAUUCUAAACAUUGGAUCAAGAUAAGAAUGGAAUAUUAUCAAAAGAUGAAUUGAUUGAAGGUUAUACUUUAGUUUUAAAAGAUAAAGAUUUAGCAAUUAAAGAAGUCAAUAAGAUUCUUUAAAUUGUAGAUCUUAAUUAAAGUGGAUAAGUUGAUUUCUCAGGUAAUACUUAUAUAUUUAUUAUUAGAAUUUUUGAUGGCAGCUAUGAACUAAGAAAAACUAGUUUCACUUGAAAGAGUUAAGGCAGCCUUUAAGAUAUUCGAUGCUAAUGAUGAUGGGAAAAUAUCAAAAGAAGAACUAGAAAAUAUGAUUGGGAGUAUUGAUGAAGAACUUUGGCAAUAGAUUCUAACUGAAUGUAAGGCAGAAGGAGAAAUCACAGAAAAAGAAUUUAUUGAAAUACUACUUAAUCAAAAGCUUUGA